AUGAAUCGAAAAGAAAAAAAGGGUCGCGGACUGUCUAGUACUGGACACGGCGAGCCGCCCUGGAACGCGGUCCCACCACCGGCACCGGCCGGCGCAGUGGCCUAUUUAUACCGUCCGCCAUCAGUAUGCAGGCGCGCUGCCAAUUACGGCGGAGACCCACUUUCUCACCUCCGAACUUUUACUUCCUGCGGGGCGAACGGGCCGCGCGGGCCGGUCCACGCAACGGCUUGCGAAAGUGGCGCGAAAUGCUCGGCCGACAUUCGCGCGGCUUGCGCCACGUUCAGGAAGUGCCGCGGCGGGAUUACGUGGCGGCGGACGGCGAGCGCCUCCUUGCAGACAGGGGAGCGGCAGGGGUAUGGAAGAGGCCAGAACGGGACGGGCGCCUACGAAAGGACCCAACAUCGCACCUGUCUCUGUCACACGCAGACACAAUCUUACGCGGCCUCAAAAGCGUGCAGCGCGGAGUAUGCUCCGUCUGCUAUUAAGACCAGUACCGAGUACAUGAUGCGCGGCGGGCAGAGGCGAUCCCGUGCGGUUAAGCCAAGAUGGCGGCACGCGGAAGUGUGUGCGACUUCCGCGUCGUACAGCGCCGCGUGCGCGCCAAUCGUGACCGCCACAUCG